AAAUCUUCAAAUCUCAUCAUCAAAACCAAUUAAUCUAAUAUGUCAUAACCACGGUUGUUGAGAAUUUUGGCUUUUUUUUCCAAACAAGGAACAAGAACAACUCAACGCGCGUUUACUCAUUCUGGUUUCUGUUUUUUUUCUUUCUUAUACACCUUUCUUCUCUUUGUAAAAAAAAAUCAAAAAUCAAAAACCAAUCCAACCCAACAUUCUCGUACACUUUUUAAUUCGUGGGUUGUCAUUAUUUUUUCUUGUUUCAUCUUCAAUCGCAUAAAAACCAUACCUUUGACUUCAGUUUUUGUUGUUGUUUUUGAGAAAGAUGUGUCCUUUAAGGUUUAUCUUGGUGUUUUUCUCUGCUCUUCUGGCUGGUUACUUUGCAUGGAGAACGGUUAGUUCUUCACCAAAGAUUGAUUUGGAUUCUGAUGAUUCAAUUAAGGAAGAAAAAUCAUCUUUCAAGAAGGCAGAUUUUGAUUUCAAAAAGAUGAUUCAAAAUGGAUUUUGGGUUUUUGUUGACAUGGCUAGUGGAAGAUAUCUAUGGAGAAAUUUGAGGCAAACAAACAAAGAUGUAGAAUUGAAGAGCUCUUAAAAAUAAUUAGGAACUCUGUGAUUGUGUUAUACAAUUAUGCAAUGUAAUUUCUUGUAUUACCACUUUUAUAUUCUUCCUUGAUUGUGGGUUCAAGAAUAAUGUUUGGUAGAUAAAUGAGUGAAAGAACUUGUUGUAUAAUUCUAAUCAUUCUGCAUUUAUGACCUAGUGACAAUUUUUAAAAUAAAUUGUAGUACCCUUUUUUU